AUGUCGAAGCAAGUCCAAUCUUUCCCUGUAAAAAACGUCUUGAGAGAUCUUGCUGCAUUGCGUGUAUCCGGCAUAGAUCUGGCUAGUUUACUCCCAUCGUCUUCCCCACAGACUGAAUCCGAACUCUCACGACGCGAAUCAUCAUCGACCGAGAAAUCGUUACAAGAAUCAUACGAGUUCGUUCGCGAAGCUCGAGCUGCUAUUGGAAUCAAAGAUAGGAAAACAUUGGAACUGGAGGUUUCUAAACCGUUAGAGCGGAGUAGGGCUGCGCUAGAUGAGGUUCUCGAGGGAUUGGAAGGCUAUUGA